AUGUCCACCUGUGAUCUGAAGGUAGCCUCUCUGAGAUGUGUUCAUUCCCAACAGCAAGUGGGCCUGCCAGGCUUCCCCACAGUUGCUGCCCUGCACAGCAAUCAGAUUCUCACCGUCAAGGGUGACCAAGGACAGGCAGGGCCUCCAGGACCCCCAGGUCCUCCAGGUCCCAGAGGGCCACCUGGGGACACAGGGAAAGAUGGCCCCCGUGGAAUGCCAGGAGUGCCCGGUGAACCAGGAAAACCAGGAGAACAAGGCUUGAUGGGUCCUCUGGGGCCUCCAGGACAAAAGGGUUCCACUGGAGGACCUGGAAUUCCAGGGACGAAUGGACAAAAGGGUGAGCCUGGUUUUCCUGGAGCAGCAGGACAGAGUGGACUUCCAGGACCAAAGGGAGAACCUGGAGAACAAGGAGAAAAGGGUGAUGCUGGAGAAGAUGGUCCCAAAGGUGACGCAGGCGAAAAGGGUGACCCUGGAUCAUCUGCUGCAGGAAUUAAGGGAGAACCUGGAGAGUCUGGUCGUCCAGGGCAAAAGGGUGAACCAGGGCUUCCUGGGCUUCCUGGACUUCCGGGGAUAAAGGGAGAACCAGGCUUCAUUGGUCCUCAAGGAGAACCAGGCUUACCAGGAUUACCAGGAACAAAAGGUGAACGUGGGGAGGCAGGGCCUCCUGGAAGAGGCGAGCGAGGGGAUCCUGGAGCUCCUGGACCAAAGGGUGAUCGUGGAGACAAGGGGGACUCUGGAACUCUGGGACCAAGGGGUCCGCCUGGGCAAAAAGGCGAUCAAGGAGCCACCGAGAUCAUAGACUACAAUGGCAACCUCCACGAAGCCUUACAGGGCCCCCCUGGACCUCCUGGACCUCAAGGACUACAAGGGCCGAAGGGAGAACAAGGAUCUCCAGGAAUCCCAGGAGCUGAUGGUGAGCAGGGAUUCAAGGGCUCAAAGGGAGACAUGGGAGACCCAGGCCUGCCAGGUGAAAAAGGAGGAAUUGGACUUCCAGGAUUACCGGGUGCCAAUGGAGUGAAAGGAGAAAAAGGAGACUCAGGAUUGCCAGGUCCUCAGGGUCCUUCUAUCAUAGGCCCACCAGGACCCCCAGGUCCCCAUGGCCCACCUGGCCCCAUGGGACCCCAUGGACUUCCUGGACCAAAGGGUGAACCAGGGUUAAAUGGUGUUAAAGGAUUGAAGGGUGAACCAGGUCAAAAGGGUGACAGAGGACCCCUUGGUCUUCCAGGAGCAUCUGGCUUAGACGGAAAGCCAGGAUCCCGGGGUACAGAUGGCCCUAUGGGACCUCAUGGCCCUGCAGGUCCCAAAGGAGAAAGAGGUGAAAAAGGAGCUGUGGGAGAGCCUGGACCCAGAGGCCCCUACGGCCUGCCUGGCUUCCCUGGUCCACGAGGCGAGAAGGGAGACCUGGGAGAAAAGGGUGAAAAGGUGACCUCCCCUCUCAGCAUGUGACCUGCCUGCUUCUGCUCUUGUUUUCUGCUUUCCUGUUCAACCUGUGUGGUUCCAUCAGAUAUCUCACUUGUCUCAAUCCGGUGCUCCAAAAACACUGAUCCUGACCUAAGGAGUCAGGUCUUCAGAAGAACCAAAGAAGGCUACAUCACUAUAAAUAGGGCACUGUCUAGCACAGAAUAAAAACUCCAGCCCCAGAUAUCCAAGCUGCAAUCCUUCAAACACAUGACCCUA